GAAUGGGUUGAGUCGGCCGCCGGUGGAACCGGUCGGUCGGAGACUCAACCCGUUUGUCCAUUCGGCGGCGUCGCUGGAUGAGCAUAGCGUCUCGCAUCGAUUCUCUGUGAUUAAAUCGUUCGAAAUCAUUCGCGUGAAUCGAGCACGAAGUGCUAGCUUUGUCAUUUCUUUGUGCCUUCAGCUGAUGAAGCUACAAUGAAUUCAUAUUUCAUUGGAAUAUUAGGCUAUCUGGUGAUUGCGAUUUUUGUACUACAGCAAAGCAAAUCGCAGAAAACGCAAUCCCUGUCGAAUGGGACCGCUGAUUUUAGCUUUGUUACGCGUAAUGAUAAUGAUGAUUUUAUACCUUAUCAAGGCGAACGUUUCAGUAUUUUCGAUUGGGCAUUGUUUAAAACUGCAAGUAAGAAGUACUCUGGAAAUUUACUCAUUUCGCCGAUAUCGUUGAAGUUUGCGUUGCUACUGUUAUACGAAGGAGCUGUAGAUGAAAGCGCUUACCAGAUUGCCGUAGCGAUGCAAUUACCUGCUACUCGAUCAGCAACUCGGGAUAGAUUUUCCUCUAUCUUGCGAUCUGUUCAGGCUUAUUCACCGGACUAUACUUUGAAUACCGGUUCGCGAAUUUAUAUCGAUUCAAAUAUUACAUUUAGGGAACAGUACGGAGUAAUCGUGAAAAGUUUUUACGAUACUGAUGUGAUUAGCGCGGAUUUUUCGAACGCGCAACCACUUGUUCAAUCAAUGAACGCAUGGAUCAGCAACGUGACGAAUGGCAAUAUCGAUCGGCUCAUCGAAGACGAGAACAGCGUCAAAAAUUCCUUAAUGUUAAUCUUGAAUGGAUUGUACUUCAAAGGAGCUUGGCAACGCAAAUAUUUCAAACCAGAGAACACGCGAAUUGGCAAAUUCCAUACGAAAGACAAUAAAACCGUGGAUGUACCUUUCAUGCAUACAGUGGGCCGAUUUUAUUAUUCCGAGUCUCGCGAAUUAGAUGCUAAAAUUCUUCGACUUCCAUACGCUGGUCACAAGUUUGCUAUGUAUCUAGUGUUACCAUAUACGUUGAAUGGAAUCGACACUCUCACCAAUGAAAUUAACCCGUUCUUGUUGACGAGACAUAUAUGGCUCAUGCAAGAUGUACCAGUUGAUCUCCGCAUUCCAAAAUUUAAGUUCGAAUCCUCCACACACAUGGAACCUAUCCUACGUGAGCUUGGGAUUCGAGAUAUUUUUGACGAUACCGCUACGUUAACGGGAAUAUCUAAAUUCCGAAGAGAAUCGAAAAAGCUGAAAGUCUCGGAUGUUUUACAAAAAACAGGGAUUGAAAUGAAUGAGAAUGGAACUACGGCUUACGUGGCCACCGAAAUUGAUAUCGGAAAUAAAAUCGAGGAUGAAACAUUCCAUGUGGAUCGCCCGUUUGUAUUUUACAUCGAAGAAGAAACCACGGGAACGGUUAUCUAUACAGGCAGAAUAAUGAAUCCUCUUGAUACUCUUAGUAGUACUAACGAUGAAACGAAAGAACAUUCAUCGUCCAGUAUUGAUUCAACCAUACCGGAUUCAGACUCGAUCUUGCAAACCGGAUUGAACAUUGAAGAUCGUAGCAAUCUCUUUAACACACAUUUCUCACAGACUUUGAACAAACAAUACCAAAAUGAAAAUUUAGUACUAUCACCUGCAAGUGUGAAAAUGGCUUUGACAAUGUUAAUGGAAGGCGCGAAUGGCAAUUCGAAAUCGGAAUUAAUUUCAGUAUUACGAUUACCAGAAGAAGAAUCACGGAGAACGGAACUUAUACAAAACACUUUAAGAUCUUUGAAAAGAAAUGAGAACGGUACAGAAAUUGAUUUCUCUGCUAGAUUAUGGGUGCAUGAAAAUCUGCCCGUGUUGCAUACUUAUGAAGAUACUGUGCGAUUGCGUUACAAAAGCGACGUACAGAACGUAAAUUUUAAAGAUUCAAAAAACACAGCGGCUCUUAUUAACAAGUGGAUUCGCAACGCAACGCGUAAUGCACUUUCUUCACUGAUCGAUGUUCAACCCGAUACGCGUAUCCUUUUGACUUCGGUCGUAUAUUUCAAAGGACAUUGGUUGAAAUCGUUCGAUAAAGCAAAGACGAAGUUAGAAUGUUUCUACAUACCUAACGGGGAAUGCCGGAAAACGUAUAUGAUGAAACACGAAUCAGUUUAUCGAUAUGCUUACGUACAUUCAAUCGACGCGCAUGUUUUGGAAAUCCCAUAUUCGGACGGUAAAACAUCGAUGUUGGUAUUAAUGCCGAAACGUAGAGAAAAUGACCCGUAUCUUCGAAUAUUAUCCGAAGAUUUAGUCACAGUUCCGGUGUCAGCGAUUCUAGCAAGUUUAAAGAGACGAGACGUUACUGUUCACCUUCCGAAAUUUAAGAUUGAAAGCAAUUUUAACUUGGAGCCAACGCUAAAACGUAUGGGUAUCGAGAACAUUUUUGGGUCUAAUGCAAAUUUUACUGCGCUGAUAUCCAACGGGUUAGUACACGUAACAGAUGUCUUGCAAAAUGUGGAAAUAGAAGUAGACGAGGAAGGAACGCUAGCUGCGGCUGAUACAGAAGUUGGAUACGAGUUGCUGUCUGCGUGGGGCAACGACAUUAAAAUGGACAGACCAUUUAUAUUUAUUAUCGUUGAUUCACUUACAAACACGAUUUUAUUUUCUGGUCGUUUUAUCAAACCGCGUUAAUGUAAGCUUUAUCAGUGGUCAUUUAAUACUAUGUAAUGCAUACUUUAUCUCCCUAUUCCAUAAAAACAAGUCUUAUUACAUUUA